UCAUAUGUACUAUGUUACUUUUUAGAAUGUAAACAUCAUUUCAUAUUUAAAAUGUUACAAAUAAAUGUUGUUCUGAAAAAAACUCGUAUGAUAUUCUUCACUUCUGUUAACGUGUUUUGUUGGAGUCACUGCAUCGUAGAGUAUGGAGGAGAAUUAACUUUGUUGACUGGUCCCUCCAUGCAACCAACUUUUAACCAAUACCAAGACAGUACUAUAGUCUUUACAUCACGGUCAAUAUGGAGAAAAUUUCAAGUUGGUGAUAUUGUAGUUGCUCGAUCACCUAGCAAUCCAAAACAAAUGGUUUGCAAAAGAAUAGCGGCUGUUGAAGGGGAGAGAGUUGAACGACAUAAGGUAGUUCUGGGUGAAACCACUAAAAAAUAUAUAAAGAUACCAAAAGGUCACGUUUGGUUACUGGGUGAUAAUUCUAACAAUUCCACUGAUUCUAGAAGUUAUGGUCCAGUACCGUUAGCUCUUAUUCGUGGUAGAGUUUGCUUUAAGAUUUGGUAACUCUUUCGAAAUUUGGUUUUUGGAGAAGAAUGCUACUUUCAAACUAUGUUUCUCAUAUAAAGUUUAAAUUUAUUCUAUAUACAAAUUAAAUCGUACGAUGUGUAAUGUCAAUAUACUUAGGAUAAUAAAAUAUAGGAUUUCUAUAAAA